UGUUCUUAUUAAUACAGCUGUUGGCUGCAGGGCGCCCCCGAGUGGCGGAGUGACGCAGCGACGUCAACGUCAGAUUUUUUUUCUCAAAUUAGAUGUUUAAAGAUCGUCAAAAUUCACCUGCUGCUGGUUCCGUUGUUCGCUUGUCUUCGCCUUGCUGUUUGCGCUGUUUAAACUGUAAAAACUAACCAAGACCCAGAGUUUUCUUUUUUUAAAGGAAGGAUGGAUUUUGGUACAACACAUCAUUCUCAGUGUCCAGCUCCUAGUGGAAUGGUCAGGAGAAAUGUGGAGGAGAAGCACAACAAGCCCUGCAGCAACAAAGCYGAGCUGUCGGUGGAAGCGACGACAUCCGGGCCUACAGUCUCUCUCAGCGUAUGUUGCUGUGUUUGCAGAGACUGUGGACUCUGCAGGGCUCAUCAUCCCGCUCGUGGUGUUUACGAGGAUGACAGUCGGUGUGCCGUUUGCUUAGAAGUGGAGGAGACCCAGCGUGGAAAAGACAAAGAGGCUGCCUCAGCACAGAUACCAAACACAAAGCACAAGGCCAGGGCACCGGUAGCGCGCAGGCAGCUGGCUGACGGCAACGAGGCGGCGGCUCCCCGGGACCGAUCUUCUCUGCCGUUACUAACAGUGACAGGAACUGUGAGUUUGGCAAACCUCGACCCGAGGGUGACCUCUUCCCUUCAAGCUUCUAAUCAGGAACACACACACGCUUACAAGCAGGAGCAGGAAAAGCACACAGAGAGUGCUCRGAGCUACAUCUGGGAGCGGUCAAGAAUCAUAGCCUGUGAUCAAGAGCCAGGGAGAAGAACCAGAAGCCUCCAGACUGCAGGGAUUUUUCCACAAGAGCAGAUCUGCGGAGAACGCUUUUGUGGGACCCCCUUCCGCCUUCAGUAAAGUGGCGAACAUGACACCCCAAAGCUGUAGCCAUUCUCUGACUUCAUGAACUGUUCCAGCAGCCAACWGUAAAAUAAAAACAACA